GCUCAGACACCUCGUGUAUGGUGCAUUCAUACCUGAGGCCCUUCUAGGUUAGUGGAUGAAGAUAAGAGGGUUAGGCAAAGGGUUUUUUUGCAGGAGGUUCUGAUUUCGGAGUGCUUCUUGUGGGAAUGGUUUGCCAAUAGCCGCUCAUAUCUGAUGUGUUAGUCGUGCUGCUGACCCGUGCACAAUGCACAGGACAGGUUGAAGCAUGGCGUUCAUGAGUACCUUGGUGUGCUGACAUGAUACCACAACCAGAUAUAAAUUCAGGGGAUGAGCUGACUCCAACUCAGCGGUAUCAUGAAAAACUACACAAAACAUUCUAGUGCUCCUCAAGAUAUAAAAAAGGGUACAGUCUCGCUACGUGUAGUGCCCGAUCCCAUGUAAAUACCGACAUGCAGCUCCGUCGGGACCAUGGCCAUGGAUGGACUUGGACGCUGACUCUGACUCGACUGAUACGACCGAUGUGGAUCAAUCCUGGAAGGGCUACCCUCAGAACCAGUUCAGGAACUGGACUCCAAGACAAGUAGAGGAAAGUAAGAUGUUCGAAAAAUGUUCCAAGGACCAGUCUAGCACUAUUUACUGGAUGGAUGUGUAUAACUCCGAAAACGUCGCCAGGAGGUUUACCAUCCCAGAUAUGGAAAAAGACAACCGUGGCACUACAGUGCCGACUCAGGAUCAGGAUGAGUUUUGGGAUAUGUUACAGAAAAACCGACCAGAGGGGAUCCGAGUGCGAUCGUUGUUUGUGGAUGAUUUGACGUCACCGGUCUUGCGCAUGCUAGGGACAAGAUACAACAUUGAACCGUUCUUUUUCACGUCCUCCCUCAAUUGGAUACCCUCACGUUAUCAGGAAGCGCCUCGUCAUAGAGAAGGAGAUCAUAUCACUAUCACCCUGCCAUUUUUACGAUCACAAAAGAAAUCACCAACUGACCCUAAACUAUUGGACUCUAAGACUGAUACUCUGAUCGAUAUCCAGGCUCCUUUUUCGACAGGCGAUGGCCGUAUGCUCUUCAUUGAUCUCCUCGCAAUCCACAUGGUCCGCCACGUGAAAGAAAGCACUAUCAUAUCCUAUCAUCCCGAAUCUACAGGGCUGCGAACAUCUGGGAAGCACCUCCGCUCGCUCAUACAGCUCGUGGGGAAAAGUGUGUACUGGCAAAAAAUAUUUGACAAGUCCAAAGACCCGACAUUUCUCUUCCUCGCAUUUUUAUGGUAUGCGCUAUAUGAAUGGGAUGAGUCCCUUGAUUCGCUGUACCGCUAUGUUAGCGAGCUGGAAUUACAAGUACUGCAUCUGGAUAAUAUCGCACUCACACAUGACCUUCAUGUUCUUGAAGCGCGUCUUUUACACUAUCAAUCACUCCUCCAUGGCUUCGAGGUAUCAGUUAAGUUUAUCGAGACGAACCCCAAUCCGGCCAUGGAGGGUGUUACCGCCGAAGAGCGUAUGGAGUCUGAUGCACUUAUGAAGAAGGAAUGCAACAAUCUACUCAGCGAAAUUGAUCGCCUGGAAAGGCGACGGAUGAUGCUGAGCAGUCGACUGAAGAAUGCGAUGGAACUUGCCUUUGCGAUCGUCAAUACUGAGGACAGUAGGCGGAUGCAGAGGUUCACAUACCUCACGAUAGUCUUCCUACCAGCAAGUUUUAUUGCGUCUGUCUUUGGGAUGAACGUUAUAGAGAUCGACAAUGGGACACAAACACUCGCUCACUAUGCGAUGGCCACCGUUGUCCUCACUCUUUUAACGAUUUACAUCAUCAUCAUGCUUCAGAAACAGAACAUCGUCCACAGACGCGAGGCGACCUUGCUGCAGCGCGCAGUGUGGCCCAUUCAUUUACUGUGGUGGAUCAUUCCCCCUCUACAACAUGUGUGGGUGUCACAGUACAAGAAAUCGCUAACAGAUGACAUGGCGUGAUGAUAUGGAUCCAAACAUAUACAUACUCACAGUAACAUACCCGUAAAAUAUUUCAUGCUACAUUCACUGUUUUUUGGCGGAAGGAUAAUCAUAGCGCCUGGAAAUCACAUCUCCAGCGAGACGGGAA